UCUAGAGCUCUCAAAAUGUUUGCCAAAGCAACAAGAAAUUUUCUUAGAGAAGUCGAUGCUGGUGGUGAUCUGAUUGCAGUAUCAAACUUGAAUGACUCUGAUAAGUCACAACUUCUAAGUCUGGUGACAAAAAAAAAGAGAUUCUGGUGCUGGCAGAGACCCAAGUACCAGUUUUUAUCUGUCACCCUUGGAGAUGUACUCACAGAAGACCAAUUUCUGAGUCCAGUGGUCGUGGAGUCGGACUUUGUGAAAUACGAGGGCAAGUUUGAAAACCAUGUGAGUGGGACCAUCAAGACGGCACUGGGGAAGGUCAAGCUGAAUGUUGGAGGCAAAGGCCUCAGGGAGAGUCAGUCUUCGUUUGGAACCCUGAGGAAGCAGGAGGUGGACUUGCAGCAGCUCAUCAGAGAUUCCGUGGAGAGAACAAUAAAUCUGAAAAAUCCUGUGCUGCAGCAGGUGCUGGAGAGCGAGAAUGAGGUCCUGUGCGUCCUGACACAGAAGAUAGUGACAACGCAGAAAUGUGUGAUAUCUGAGCACGUUCAGAUUGAGGAGCAGUAUGGCGGCAUGAUGGGAAUCAAAACCAAGACCAUGCAGGUGUCAGUGACGAAGAAUGGCAACAUUUCCAAGAACACCAACGUGGCGCUGGAGAUCCCGGCUCCCACCACCAUUGCCUACAGUGUCAUCGAGCUGUAUGUGAAACUGGAUGGCCAGUUCGAAUUCUGCCUCCUACGAGGGAAGCAGGGGGGCUUUGAGCACCGGAGGAGAAGCGACAUUAUCUUCCUGGACCCCAGGCCCUUACAAGACAUUGUGUGCUGGGACACGCCAGAUGCUGGGCAGGGGCUGCCUACCCCGGAUGGGCCGUUGAGUGUUUUAAAACAAGGGACUCUGCUCUUGGAGAAGUUCCAUCCCUUUGUAGAGCUGCCGGAGCAGCAAAAGACAGCGCUGAGCAAUGUCCUCCAGGCGGUCCUGUUUGAUGAAGAAUUACUCGUGGUCCUGGAACAAGUGUGUCAUGACUUGGUCAGUGGCCUGUCGCCCCUAUUGCCGACGUUGGGGGAGCUAAAGCCCCUGCAGCAGCAGGACCUCACGGCCUUCCUGCGGCUGGUGGGGUGCAGUGUGCAGGGUGGGUGUCCCGGCCUGGAAGAUGCAGUCAGCAACCAGAAGCUCUUUUCUACGGCCUAUUUCUUGGUCAGUGCACUAGCAGAAAUGCCAGAUAACGCAGCAGCUCUGCUGGGCACUUGCUGUAAGCUCCAGAUUAUUCCUAUGCUGUGCCACUUGCUCCGUGCUCUGUCUGAGGAUGGAGUAUCUGAUCUUGAAGACCCAGCCUUGGCUCCUCUGAAAGAUACAGAAAGGUUUGGGAUUGUGCAGCGUCUGUUUGCCUCAGCCGACAUCAACGUGGAGAGACAGCAGUCGUCCGUGAAAGCCGUCACCCCGAAGGACCCUAACGUUUUCCCACUAAUUCUUUACAUAAGCCUGAAUGGACUCUGCGCUUUAGGUGGAGCACAUUAAUAAUGUCAUAUAGCGAAUUACAAAUACAUGUCAUCGGCCAAGGCUGAGUAUUGUUAAGAUACACUUUGGGGAUUAGGUCAGAUCUACGUUAAAAGUUGAUCAAGGAAAUGAAUUUACAAAACAGUUUAAGAAGUGGUGACUUUUUGCACUAUGAAUCACCUCGAGUUUAGCCAUCUGUAAAGUCUCUUUUUCAUAAGGGCUCUCCUGUGCUGGUGACACAGUGUCCAAGUUAGACUCCAGCACCUGGAGAGUUGGAGGAGGGUUGGAAAUUCUAAGCUACUAUACAUUCAGACCUUUUUUCUGCAGAAAAAUAGGUCCAUCUAUCACUUUCUUAUAUUUCCCACUUUCUUUCUGUUAUACAAAAACUGAUGAGUCUGAUGCUUUGAUCCCAAAUUUCGUUUUAAACUGUGAAUGCUAUGGGAAGGCAAUUUCUCUUUCUAA